AUGGCGACACGACAGUCGAGCAGGCUCAAAACAAAAGCAGAGAAGGACCAAGGCGACUAUGCCGACGAGGCGUCCGAGUCGUCAGAGGAUGAGUACGCAGACGACCAAACACCGGGUCCUUCAACAGGGGCGAAGCGGAAGGGAAGGGCCAAAUCUACUUCUGCAAAGGCUGCUAGUGGUUCCUUUUCAGCUGGAAAAGCUAAGGCCAGCGACGCAAACGAUCAGACGAGGCCAGAGAAGAAGAGAAGGCGAGGAAACAGAGGCGCGCUCGAGAGGAUCUUGGACAUGCCGUAUGACCUAUUGUUCGAGAUCUUCGGGAAGCUUAAUCCUAUGGACCUGCUUAACCUGGCUUGA